UUAAUGUGUUUUUUGACGUGUCCGUCUGAUUUCAAACGAUACAAACACUACGUAAACAAGUUCCUUCUCUAACGAUUAUUUUUCUCAUCACUCGGAAUUCAUUCCCGUAUUUUUCAGAACAAUUUCAGAUCAUAAAAAGGUGAAGUAAAUUUGUGUUGCUCGAAAUAGAAGUUGAGAUUCGUUAAAAAAUGGCUACAUUAGAUGAAACUAUGGAGGUGGAAUUUCUGAAACAAGAUUUAGAUGCCCGGAAGCAAAUCAGCCGGAUUGUUUCCAAAAUAAAGGACUACCAGGACAAAGUGAAGGAAAUCGUAUCCAGCUAUUAUGUGGAUUUUCUACCAAAUUGCUACGACAACAUGACUAUUAUGAAAAACGGUAAAAUGCUGGAAGAGGAAAUAAACAAAAUAGUUUCGAUGGUCAACCAAGAUACCGCUUGGCAAUUGUCGAUGGCCCAGGAGCACAUUCAGCAGCAUCGGGAGGAACUGAGCGAAGCGAUCGUCGGUUACAAGACAUCGUAUAAAUUGCAGACUAUCCACAGUUUGUUCGAAAUGAUUCCGAGAAGCGGCGAUGACUACCAAAAAUUGAUCAGUAUUUUGGAGAAGAUCAAAUCCUUGCUGAACGAUGGCAGUGAUCAUGUGCUUCCAAAGCUUGAAUGCUAUCAAAGCAUUCGGUUGAGAUAUCAUGAGGAAUAUCAGAUACUGCUUUACAAUUUGAAUAAGAAAUUUGAAUCGUUGAUUCAGUUCAAUGAAAAACCAUUUCAGAACACCAAGGCCAUUACCAUAAAGAUUAAAAAGAAUGAAGACCAAUUACAUCCAGUAAUUGUGGCACUGGUCAAUACAAACUACAACGUCCAAAGGAUGUGUAAGUUCCUCAUGGAUAACGUUUUCGAACCCAUAAUCACACGACCGGUUUCCCUUACAUGCAACGAUGAUGAUGGAGACUUUGUCACCAUUCAACUUUCGUAUCAAUUGAAGUCGACUGACGAAUUGAGACCAAACUAUAAGAUCAUAUUUCAACGGAUGAUGGAAACAUUCUAUUGCUUGGGCCACAUGAAUAUCGUAAUUUCCGAACGGCAGUGCAUUUUCUCCAUUAUCGCGAAAUACAUCAAGGGAUCGCUGUGUAAACUUUUGAUCGAAAACUGUCUGCAGAACGAUAUUCCAGACACCAUCGAUGAAAUGAACGAAUCCAGCAUGGUGCAGUCGAUUCAAGAGUUCAACAAGUUUCUCACAGAGAUGCUCUUCUUGGAUCACGAGAACGAUACCGUGCUGGAUGAAUACGCUUGCAAGAUAGGAUUAUUAUUUCAGAAAAAGUUCUGCACAAAUAUUGUGUCUACGGCUUCGGACAUAAUGAAAAAGGAUCUGCACGAUAUGGUCCUAGUUGAGGAGCGCGAAACACAUUUUUCGAAUGGUUCGGACAUGUUUUCGAGCUGCAUGGUUUCAAAGAGUACGGUUGAGCUGAAAAAGUUACUGGACAAAAUCCUCUCGGAAGUAUCCGCCGCGGAAAAGGAAUUAUCGGAACGGUUGAUGAAAACCAUUGCCACUAUUCUUCAACGUUAUUGCAUUGAAGUGGAGCAAAACCACGAGAAAUUGCUCUUGAAGAUUCCUCAGCAAACUGCACUUUAUCACAACAAUUGCAUGUACCUUUCAUUCUGGCUGCAGAAAAAUGCUAGCAAAUUAGGCGGCAACAACUCGUUCAUGUUGAUCGGAAGUGCACUUAGAGAUCAAGGUACUAAAACUUUCAACAAUCAACUACAAAAUCAACGAUCACUGCUCCUGCAGUCGCUAAAAGGAUUCGAGCUUAGUAACGGUAUCGUCGAAUUGGGACCAGAACCCUUGAAGGCUGUUAGACAAUGCAUCCGACAGUUGGAUUUGUUGAAGAGCGUGUGGCAAACCGUGCUACCAGAGCAUGUCUAUAAAACCAGUAUUGGAGGACUGGUUACUGCUUUCAGUGCCGAGAUUAUAAGAAGGAUUUUCAAUUUGGAAGAUAUUACCGCUGAAAUCGGUAGUGGAUUAGUCAGCGUAAUCGAUGUAAUCAAAGAAAAGGCUCCAUUGCUGUUCAAGGACCCCACGGACAUAACAAUUGUGGUAAAAAAUUGGACAAAACUUAUGCAGUUGCACAAAAUGCUUGACGCAUCUCUAAUCGAAAUCACUGAACUUUGGGCGGAAGGCAAAGGACCACUCACAUUGAAUUACAAGGCUGAGGAGAUAAAACACCUAAUUCGAGCACUGUUCCAAAACACGAAACACCGACAAACGUGUCUGUCAUCCAUCAUUCAAUUGUAGUUAUUUCUGUCUGGUACUGUAUUAAAAUUACAAUCAUUACAAUAAAAAAACAAUACUAAAAAUGUAAUUGUUAUUUUGCAAUACAA